AUGGCUUCCAGAUCAGAGGCAGAUCUCUACUGUCCGGUGUGUCGGGACGUCUUCAGAGUUCCUGUUGUUCUGUCCUGUAGCCACAGCUUCUGUAAAGACUGUCUGCAGAGCUGGUGGAGAGAGAAACAAUCAUGUGAGUGUCCAGUGUGUAAGACAAUAUCUUCAACAGCAGAACCGCCUGUCAGUCUGGUGCUGAAGAACCUGUGUGAAUCCUUCUUGUUGGAGAAAGACCAGAGAGCUUCAGAGGAUCUCUGCUGUCGGCACUCUGAGGAACUCCAACUCUUCUGUCUGGACCAUCAGCAGCCGGUGUGUCUCGUCUGCAGAGACUCAGAACAACACACCAACCACAGAUUCAGACCCAUCAAUGGAGCUGCACGACAACACAAGAAGGAACUUCAGGAAACUCUGGAGCCUUUAAAGGAGAAGUUAAAGGUUCCUGAAGAAGUUACAGUGAAGCUCGUUCAGACAGCAGAACACAUGAAGGUCCAGGCCCGACACACAGAGAGGCAGAUUAAGGAUCAGUUUAAGAAGCUGCACCAGUUUCUAGCAGAGGAAGAGGAGGCCAGGAUGGCUGCACUGAGGGAGGAAGAGGAGCAGAAGAGUCAGAUGAUGAAGGAGAAGAUGGAGGCUCUGAGCAGAGAGAUAGCAGCUCUUUCACACACAGUCAGAGCCACAGAGGAGCAGCUGAGAGCUGAAGACGUCUCAUUCCUGCACAACUACAAGGCUGCAGUGGAAAGAGUCCAGCAGCGCCCCCUGCUGGAGGAUCCACAGCUGCCCUCAGGAGCUCUGAUAGACCAGGCCAAACACCUGGGCAACCUGAGCUUCAACAUCUGGAACAAGAUGAAGGACAUGGUCUCCUACACUCCUGUGGUUCUGGACCCAAACACUGCUGGGCUGAACCGGAUCCUGUCUGAAGAAAGUGACUUUGGACAAGAACCCCAUGAUGCUCCUGGUGGCUCGAUCAUAUAGAUACAGAGGAUGAUG